AUGGAGAGAAUAAAAUGGAUCGUCUUUUUGAUAUCAGUAAUAUCGGUUGGCGCACAGUACAAUACUAAUUUUGACUAUCAAAAUGUGAAUGCUUUUCCUUCUAUUCCAUCUAAUAUGUCUAUGUAUCCUGGAAUGCCAUUCGGUGAAGAGCAAUGCUCAUCCGAUAAAUGCUCGUUUGAAACAUUUUGGACAUCUGAAGGUAAAUUAUUUUUAUCGAUUACUUUUUUUAACGCCAAAAUAUUUUCAGAGAAAUGCGCUUAUAUCAAAUGUAAUCCAGAUGCUUGUGAAGGUGGUGGAUAUCUCGAAUGGUCCAUGUACGUCAAGUGUCAGCAUGAUACUGGACUCAGGGUUCUCUACAUAAUCCUCGCAGUUAUCUGGCUUGCAUUUUGUUUCAUCGUGGUUUCCACCAUUGCUGAUGACUUCUUCUGUCCUUCCAUUUCUGGAAUUGUUACCCAUUUGAGGAUGAGUGAAUCUGUCGCGGUUGGUAUCAUUAUCAAAAGUCUAGGAGUGACAUUCCUUGCAUUCGGAAACGGAGCACCGGACGUUUUGGGCUCAUUCACUUCAGUUCUGACAACGGCCAAACCAAAAGCUGACUUGGCUCUGGGAGACCUUUUCGGAACCAGUAUUUUUGUUACUACUGUAGUAUUGGCUAUUGUUAUUCUGACAAAAUCCUUCCGCGUCGCUAUAAUUCCAACACUCCGAGAUUUGAUUUUCUACCUGAUAACGCUCGCUUUCAUCGUUUUCUGCUUCCUGAAGUUUGAUAGAGUUGAAGUUUGGAUGUCAGCAAGUAAGCUCCAUUGGAGGUCUUUCAUAGUUACUAAUUACAUUUCAGCAUUCAUUGGAAUCUACGUAGUUUAUGUGAUUACUGUUAUAAUAUUUGGUUGCUAUCGUAGUCGCAGAAAGAAGAUAAAUCUGAAGAAGAAAAGUUUGGAAUCAGGAGAGGAAGAUUUGUCUCGACCAGCUAGUGCAGCUUCCGUAGUUCCAAUUUACGGAGAAGUGGAUAAGAAGAAAGCCUCUAUGUCUGCCCUUUUCAAUUUCAUGAUCAAGUUCAGUCAAUUUGUGAAAGGACUUGCGAUUCCAAACAAUCAACGGAAGAUUCAUGACAGCAAUAAUAAUGAAAAGAAAAUGGGAAUUCCAAACAUCGCAUUCGAUGGAUCACUGGAUUCUGACAUUUCUGCAAAACCAAAAAUCUCGGACAUCUUCCAGCAAAACACAUUCGAAACAGAUGUUGAAAGUGAAACCACUUUGGAUGAAAUCGAAGAUAGUGGAGAUGAAGGAAGAGAGGAGGAGUUUGCAUAUGCCCAUCAUACAGUGUUCACAUCUCACGAUCAGAUCAGUUUGGCUGCCACCGAAAUUCCAGAGAUAAAAUUGGUUACAUGGAGGUCUUGGGAUUGGGUUUGGGAUCUGUUCAACCAUUUGAAAUCCUGGCCAAGCAGAGAGGAAUUCAGUGAGAUGAAUAUCUUUGUGAAGAUCAUUUCUAUCAUCCGGAUCGUCCCGGUAUUCUUUUUCAAAGCGACGAUCCCAUCAAACGAGAUGAGUUGGUGCAAACCUCUCUGUAUUCUCCACUGCUUUGCGUCUAUCCAACUUGUAUUAUUCGCUUUCCAAAUUACCAACCUUAAAAUAUUUGCCGGAAGUCCAGGUCUCUGGUUAUAUGCACUCGCCGUGUCUGCUAUUCUGGCGCUUCUCGCUUUAUACUUUCUUCCAUUAAGCAAAGAGCCAAAAUACCACAAGGAAGUUUACUCCUACCUCGGUUUCGUUAUGUCAAUAGCAUGGAUUUACGCGAAUUCAAACGAAAUUAUUAGUGCGGUCACAAUGUUUGGAGUGGUCACUGGGCUCUCACAGGAGUUGCUCGGAUUGACAGUAAUGUCAUGGAGUGAUUGUAUCGGUGAUAUUGUUGCUGAUAUCGCUGUUGUUAAGCAAGGAUAUCCUAAAAUGGCAAUGGCCGCGGUCAUCGGUGGUCCACUUUUCAAUCUUCUCAUUGGAUUUGGUGUUCCAUUCACUAUCGCAGCUGCUCAAGGAAAACAAAUCGAUCUUAUCAUCAAUCCAGUCUACCGCAUCCUUCUUUUAUUCUUGGGAAUCUCAUUGGUCACAACAUUUGUUGCUCUUUUCAUCCAAAGAUUCACAGUUCGAUGGCCUCAUGCCGUCCUUCUGAUCCUCAUUUUUGUAACAUUCGUCGUAUUUGUGUGUCUUGCCGAGUUCCACGUUUUAGAGUGGAAGUGA